GGAGGAGGCGGGAGGAGCCCGGCCCGGGGGACGGGCGGCGGGAGAGCGGGACCCCGGCGGCGCGGUGCGCUUCAGGGCGCAGCGGCGGCCGCAGACCGAGCCCGGGGCGCAGCCAGAGGCGGCGGGAGCCGGCGGCGGCUCGGCACCAUGCGGCGAGGGGGCCUGCUGGAGAUCAUCCUGGGAUUUACCGUGCUCUUAGCGUCCUACACGAGCCAUGGGGCGGACGCCAAUCUGGAGGCUGGGAACGUGAAGGAAACCAGAGCCAGCCGGGCCAAGAGAAGAGGCGGCGGAGGACACGACGCGCUUAAAGGACCCAAUGUCUGUGGAUCACGUUAUAAUGCCUACUGUUGCCCUGGAUGGAAAACCUUACCUGGUGGAAAUCAGUGUAUUGUCCCCAUUUGCCGGCAUUCCUGUGGGGAUGGAUUUUGUUCGAGGCCAAAUAUGUGCACUUGCCCGUCUGGUCAGAUAGCUCCUUCCUGUGGCUCCAGAUCCAUACAACACUGCAACAUUCGCUGUAUGAAUGGAGGUAGCUGCAGCGAUGAUCACUGCCUGUGCCAGAAGGGAUACGUGGGGACUCACUGUGGCCAACCUGUCUGUGAAAGUGGCUGUCUCAACGGAGGGAGAUGCGUGGCCCCGAAUCGAUGUGCGUGCACUUAUGGCUUUACUGGACCCCAGUGUGAAAGAGAUUACAGGACAGGCCCCUGUUACACUGUGGUCAGCAACCAGAUGUGCCAGGGACAGCUCAGCGGGAUCGUCUGCACAAAAACGCUCUGCUGUGCCACCGUCGGCCGGGCCUGGGGCCACCCCUGUGAGAUGUGCCCUGCCCAGCCUCACCCCUGCCGCCGCGGCUUCAUUCCAAACAUCCGCACGGGAGCUUGUCAAGACGUGGAUGAAUGCCAGGCCAUCCCUGGGAUCUGUCAAGGAGGAAAUUGCAUUAAUACUGUUGGGUCUUUUGAGUGCAAAUGCCCUGCUGGACACAAAUUUAAUGAAGUGUCACAAAAAUGUGAAGAUAUUGAUGAAUGCAGCACUAUUCCCGGAAUCUGUGAUGGCGGUGAAUGUACAAACACAGUCAGCAGUUACUUUUGCAAAUGUCCCCCUGGUUUUUACACCUCUCCAGAUGGUACCAGAUGCAUAGAUGUUCGCCCAGGAUACUGUUACACGGCUCUGGCAAACGGGCGCUGCUCCAACCAGCUGCCGCAGUCCAUAACCAAAAUGCAGUGCUGCUGUGACGCUGGCCGGUGCUGGUCUCCGGGGGUCACUGUCGCCCCCGAGAUGUGUCCCAUCAGAGCAACCGAGGAUUUCAACAAGCUGUGCUCUGUCCCUAUGGUAGUUCCUGGGAGACCAGAAUAUCCUCCCCCACCCCUGGGCCCCAUUCCUCCAGUUCUCCCUGUUCCUCCUGGCUUUCCUCCUGGACCUCAAAUCCCGAUCCCUCGACCACCAGUGGACUAUCCGUACCCAUCUCGGGAACCACCAAGGGUGCUACCAGUCAAUGUCACCGAUUACUGCCAGCUGGUCCGCUAUCUCUGUCAGAACGGGCGCUGCAUUCCAACGCCGGGGAGCUACCGGUGUGAGUGCAACAAAGGAUUCCAGCUGGACCUCCGUGGGGAGUGUAUCGACGUUGACGAAUGUGAGAAAAACCCUUGCGCCGGUGGCGAGUGUAUUAAUAACCAGGGUUCAUACACCUGUCAGUGCCGAGCUGGGUAUCAGAGCACACUCACGCGGACGGAGUGCCGAGACAUUGACGAAUGUUUACAGAACGGCCGGAUCUGCAAUAACGGACGUUGCAUCAACACGGAUGGCAGUUUCCACUGUGUGUGUAAUGCCGGCUUCCACGUUACCCGAGAUGGGAAGAACUGUGAAGAUAUGGAUGAAUGCAGCAUAAGGAACAUGUGCCUUAAUGGAAUGUGUAUUAAUGAAGACGGCAGUUUUAAAUGUAUUUGCAAACCUGGGUUCCAGCUGGCAUCGGAUGGGCGUUACUGCAAAGACAUUAACGAGUGUGAGACACCUGGGAUCUGCAUGAAUGGCCGCUGCGUGAACACGGAUGGCUCCUACAGGUGUGAAUGCUUCCCUGGCCUGGCCGUGGGUCUGGAUGGACGUGUGUGUGUCGACACACACAUGCGGAGCACAUGCUACGGUGGAUACAAGAGAGGCCAGUGUGUCAAACCCUUGUUUGGUGCUGUUACUAAAUCCGAAUGCUGCUGUGCCAGCACCGAGUAUGCAUUUGGGGAACCUUGCCAGCCAUGUCCUGCACAGAAUUCAGCGGAAUAUCAGGCACUCUGCAGCAGCGGUCCAGGAAUGACAUCAGCGGGCAGCGAUAUAAAUGAAUGUGCCUUAGAUCCUGAUAUUUGCCCAAAUGGAAUUUGUGAAAAUCUUCGUGGGACCUACAAAUGCAUAUGCAACUCAGGAUAUGAAGUAGAUUCAACUGGGAAGAACUGUGUUGAUAUUAAUGAAUGCGUACUGAACAGUCUACUUUGUGACAAUGGACAAUGUAGAAACACUCCUGGAAGUUUUGUCUGUACCUGCCCCAAAGGAUUUAUAUAUAAACCUGACCUAAAAACCUGUGAAGACAUCGACGAAUGUGAAUCAAGUCCUUGCAUUAAUGGAGUCUGCAAGAACAGCCCAGGCUCUUUUAUUUGUGAAUGUUCUUCUGAAAGUACUUUGGAUCCAACAAAAACCAUCUGCAUAGAAACCAUCAAGGGCACUUGCUGGCAGACUGUCAUCAACGGGCGGUGUGAGAUCAACAUCAACGGAGCCACCUUGAAGUCCCAGUGCUGCUCCUCCCUUGGUGCUGCCUGGGGGAGUCCCUGCACCCUGUGCCAAGUUGAUCCCAUUUGUGGUAAAGGGUACUCAAGAAUUAAAGGAACACAAUGUGAAGAUAUAGAUGAAUGUGAAGUGUUCCCAGGGGUGUGCAAAAAUGGCCUCUGUGUUAACACUAGGGGAUCGUUCAAGUGUCAGUGUCCCAAUGGAAUGACUUUGGAUGCCACAGGAAGGAUCUGCCUUGAUAUCCGCCUGGAAACCUGCUUCCUGAGGUACGAGGAGGAGGAGUGCACCCUGCCCAUUGCUGGCCGCCACCGCAUGGACGCCUGCUGCUGCUCCGUGGGCGCAGCCUGGGGCACCGAGGAAUGUGAGGAGUGUCCUGUGAGAAACACCCCCGAGUAUGAGGAGCUCUGUCCCAGAGGACCCGGAUUUGCCACAAAAGAAAUCACGAAUGGAAAACCUUUCUUCAAAGAUAUCAAUGAGUGCAAGAUGAUACCCAGCCUCUGCACCCACGGCAAGUGCAGAAACACCAUUGGCAGCUUCAAGUGCAGGUGUGACAGUGGCUUUGCUCUGGAUUCUGAAGAAAGGAACUGCACAGACAUUGACGAAUGCCGCAUAUCUCCCGACCUGUGUGGCCGGGGCCAGUGCGUGAACACCCCAGGGGACUUUGAAUGCAAGUGCGACGAAGGCUAUGAAAGUGGAUUCAUGAUGAUGAAGAACUGCAUGGACAUCGACGAGUGUCAGAGAGAUCCUCUCCUAUGCCGAGGAGGCAUUUGCCUAAACACAGAGGGAAGCUUCCGCUGCGAGUGCCCGUCUGGUCAUCAGCUGUCCCCCAACAUCUCUGCAUGUAUUGACAUCAACGAGUGUGAACUGAGCGCACACCUCUGCCCCAACGGCCGCUGCGUGAACCUCAUAGGGAAGUAUCAGUGCGCCUGCAACCCCGGCUACCAGUCGACUCCUGACAGGCUGUUUUGUGUUGACAUCGAUGAAUGCAACAUAAUGAAUGGUGGCUGUGAAACCUUCUGCACAAACUCUGAAGGCAGCUAUGAAUGUAGCUGUCAACCAGGAUUCGCACUAAUGCCUGACCAGAGAUCAUGCACUGACAUUGAUGAGUGUGAAGAUAAUCCCAAUAUCUGUGAUGGUGGUCAGUGUACAAAUAUACCUGGCGAGUACAGGUGCUUGUGUUAUGAUGGAUUCAUGGCAUCUGAAGACAUGAAGACUUGUGUAGAUGUCAAUGAAUGUGACCUGAAUCCAAACAUCUGCCUAAGUGGAACCUGUGAAAACACUAAAGGCUCAUUUAUCUGCCACUGUGAUAUGGGCUAUUCUGGCAAAAAAGGAAAAACUGGCUGUACAGACAUCAAUGAAUGUGAAAUUGGAGCACACAACUGUGGCAGACAUGCUGUAUGCACCAACACAGCAGGAAGCUUCAAAUGCAGCUGCAGUCCCGGCUGGAUUGGAGAUGGCGUUAAGUGCACUGAUUUGGAUGAAUGCUCCAAUGGAACCCACAUGUGCAGCCAGCAUGCAGACUGCAAGAACACCAUGGGAUCUUACCGCUGUCUCUGUAAGGAAGGAUACACAGGCGAUGGCUUCACUUGUACAGACCUCGAUGAGUGCUCUGAGAACCUGAAUCUCUGUGGCAACGGCCAGUGCCUCAACAUCCCCGGAGGGUACCGCUGCGAGUGUGACAUGGGCUUCGUGCCCAGUGCUGAUGGGAAAGCCUGUGAAGAUAUCGAUGAGUGCUCCCUCCCGAACAUCUGUGUCUUUGGAACUUGCCACAACCUUCCUGGGCUGUUCCGCUGUGAGUGUGAGAUAGGCUAUGAGCUGGACAGAAGUGGCGGGAACUGCACAGAUGUUAAUGAGUGUCUGGAUCCAACCACGUGUAUCAGUGGGAACUGCAUCAACACUCCCGGCAGCUAUACCUGUGACUGCCCACCCGAUUUCGAGCUGAAUCCAACUCGAGUUGGCUGUGUUGAUACCCGCUCUGGAAAUUGCUAUUUGGAUAUUCGACCUAGAGGAGACAAUGGGGAUACAGCCUGCAGCAAUGAAAUUGGAGUUGGUGUUUCCAAGGCCUCCUGCUGCUGUUCUUUGGGGAAAGCCUGGGGUACUCCCUGCGAGCUGUGCCCUCCUGUGAACACGUCUGAGUACAAAAUUCUUUGUCCUGGAGGAGAAGGCUUUCGGCCAAAUCCUAUCACUGUCAUAUUGGAAGAUAUUGACGAGUGCCAGGAGCUUCCAGGGCUGUGCCAGGGAGGGAAAUGCAUCAACACCUUCGGUAGUUUCCAGUGUCGCUGUCCGACGGGUUACUACCUGAACGAAGAUACCCGAGUGUGUGAUGAUGUGAAUGAAUGUGAGACUCCUGGGAUCUGUGGCCCGGGGACAUGUUACAACACUGUUGGCAACUACACCUGUAUUUGUCCUCCAGACUACAUGCAAGUGAAUGGGGGCAAUAAUUGCAUGGAUAUGAGAAGAAGUCUGUGCUACAGAAACUACUAUGCUGACAACCAGACGUGUGAUGGAGAACUGUUGUUCAAUAUGACCAAGAAGAUGUGCUGUUGUUCCUACAACAUUGGCCGGGCCUGGAAUAAGCCCUGUGAACAGUGUCCCAUCCCGAGUACAGAUGAAUUCGCUACCCUCUGCGGAAGCCAAAGGCCGGGCUUUGUCAUCGAUAUUUACACCGGUUUGCCCGUCGAUAUUGAUGAGUGCCGGGAGAUCCCAGGGGUCUGUGAAAAUGGAGUGUGCAUCAACAUGGUUGGCAGCUUCCGGUGUGAGUGUCCAGUGGGGUUCUUCUACAACGACAAGUUGUUGGUGUGUGAAGAUAUCGAUGAGUGUCAGAACGGCCCGGUGUGCCAGCGCAACGCCGAAUGCAUCAACACCGCGGGCAGCUACCGCUGCGACUGCAAGCCCGGCUACCGCUUCACCUCCACGGGACAGUGCAACGAUCGCAAUGAAUGUCAAGAAAUUCCCAACAUAUGCAGCCAUGGACAGUGUAUUGACACAGUUGGAAGCUUUUAUUGCCUUUGCCACACUGGUUUUAAAACAAAUGCUGACCAAACCAUGUGUUUGGACAUAAAUGAGUGUGAAAGAGAUGCCUGUGGGAACGGAACUUGCCGGAACACCAUUGGGUCCUUCAACUGCCGCUGCAAUCAUGGCUUCAUCCUUUCUCACAACAACGACUGUAUAGAUGUUGAUGAAUGUGCAACUGGAAAUGGGAACCUUUGCCGAAAUGGCCAGUGCAUCAACACGGUGGGGUCCUUCCAGUGUCAGUGCAAUGAAGGCUACGAGGUGGCUCCGGACGGCAGGACCUGCGUGGAUAUCAAUGAAUGUCUACUAGAACCCAGAAAAUGUGCACCAGGUACCUGCCAAAACUUGGAUGGAUCCUACAGAUGCAUUUGCCCACCUGGAUACAGUCUGCAGAAUGACAAGUGUGAAGAUAUUGAUGAGUGUGUUGAAGAGCCAGAAAUCUGUGCACUGGGCACCUGCAGCAACACUGAAGGCAGCUUCAAAUGCCUGUGCCCAGAAGGGUUCUCCUUGUCCUCCACCGGAAGGAGGUGCCAAGAUUUGCGGAUGAGCUACUGCUAUGCGAAGUUUGAAGGAGGGAAAUGUUCGUCACCCAAAUCCAGAAAUCACUCCAAACAGGAAUGCUGCUGCGCCCUGAAGGGAGAAGGUUGGGGCGACCCCUGUGAGCUGUGCCCCACUGAACCCGAUGAGGCCUUCCGCCAGAUCUGUCCCUACGGAAGCGGGAUCAUCGUGGGACCCGACGACUCGGCAGUGGAUAUGGAUGAAUGCAAAGAACCCGAUGUCUGUAAACACGGACAGUGCAUCAACACAGAUGGCUCCUAUCGCUGCGAGUGUCCCUUCGGGUACAUUCUAGAAGGGAAUGAAUGUGUGGGAACAUCUUUUACAGACGAGGAUGAGUGUGAAGAAGGAAAGCAUGAUUGUGCUGAGAAACAAAUGGAAUGCAAGAACCUCAUCGGCACGUACAUGUGCAUCUGUGGACCCGGGUAUCAGAGGAGACCUGAUGGGGAAGGCUGCGUAGACGAGAACGAAUGCCAGACCAAGCCAGGGAUCUGCGAGAACGGGCGCUGCCUAAACACCCUAGGGAGCUACACCUGCGAGUGCAACGACGGGUUCACCGCCAGCCCCGCCCAGGACGAGUGCCUCGACAACCGGGAAGGGUACUGUUUCACAGAGGUGCUGCAAAACAUGUGUCAGAUCGGCUCGAGCAACCGGAACCCGGUCACCAAGUCUGAAUGCUGCUGUGACGGAGGCAGAGGCUGGGGGCCCCACUGUGAGAUCUGCCCCUUCCAGGGCACCGUGGCUUUCAAGAAACUCUGCCCCCACGGCCGAGGAUUCAUGACCAAUGGAGCAGAUAUUGAUGAAUGCAAGGUUAUUCAUGAUGUUUGCCGAAAUGGGGAAUGUGUCAAUGACAGAGGAUCAUACCAUUGCAUUUGUAAGACUGGCUACACUCCAGAUAUAACUGGGACUUCCUGUGUAGAUCUGAACGAGUGCAACCAGGCUCCCAAACCCUGCAAUUUUAUCUGCAAAAACACAGAAGGGAGUUACCAGUGUUCAUGUCCGAAAGGCUACAUUCUGCAAGAGGAUGGCCGGAGCUGCAAAGAUCUUGAUGAGUGUGCGACUAAACAGCACAACUGCCAGUUCCUCUGUGUUAACACCAUUGGUGGCUUCACGUGUAAAUGUCCUCCCGGGUUUACCCAACACCAUACUGCCUGCAUUGAUAACAAUGAAUGCACCUCUGACAUCAACCUGUGCGGGUCUAAGGGCAUUUGCCAGAACACUCCUGGAAGCUUCACCUGUGAAUGCCAGCGGGGAUUCUCACUGGAUCAGACAGGAGCCAGCUGUGAAGACGUGGACGAGUGUGAGGGUAACCACCGCUGCCAGCACGGCUGCCAGAACAUCAUCGGGGGCUACCGGUGCAGCUGCCCGCAGGGCUACCUGCAGCACUACCAGUGGAACCAGUGUGUCGAUGAAAACGAGUGCCUCAGUGCGCACAUUUGUGGAGGAGCCUCCUGUCACAACACCCUGGGGAGCUACAAGUGCAUGUGUCCCGCCGGCUUCCAGUAUGAACAGUUCAGCGGAGGAUGCCAAGACAUCAACGAAUGUGGCUCUUCGCAGGCUCCCUGCAGUUACGGCUGUUCCAACACCGAGGGCGGCUACCUGUGCGGCUGUCCGCCCGGUUACUUCCGGAUAGGCCAGGGGCACUGUGUUUCUGGAAUGGGCAUGGGCCGGGGAAACCCAGAGCCACCUGUCAGCGGUGAAAUGGAUGACAACUCACUGUCCCCAGAGGCUUGUUACGAGUGUAAGAUCAACGGCUACCCCAAACGGGGCAGGAAGAGGAGAAGCACAAACGAGACAGGUGUCUCCAGUGUUGAGGAUCAGUCUGAGAGAGAGGCCAACGUGAGUCUCGCAAGUUGGGAUGUUGAGAAGACAGCCCUCUUCGCUUUCAACAUUUCCCACGUCAGUAACAAGGUCCGAAUCCUGGAACUCCUUCCAGCCCUUACAACUCUGACGAAUCACAACAGAUACUUGAUUGAAUCUGGAAACGAAGAUGGCUUCUUUAAAAUCAACCAAAAGGAAGGGAUCAGCUACCUCCACUUCACAAAGAAGAAGCCAGUGGCUGGAACCUAUUCAUUACAAAUCAGUAGUACUCCACUUUAUAAAAAGAAAGAACUUAACCAGCUAGAAGACAAAUAUGACAAAGACUACCUCAGUGGUGAACUGGGUGAUAAUCUGAAGAUGAAAAUUCAGAUUUUGCUUCAUUAAUUCACCAACCAGAGACCAAAUAAUUAAAGAAAAACAAAUAUAGAUAGGUAGAACUAUAUUUUCCCCCAAUCAGAGUCUUCAUAUCAUAGGUACAAUCUUUCACCAAGUUAAUUUGUAUAAAUAAGCACUAUUCUUGUAUUACAAAAGCAAGGUACAGGUGACUACCCUAGUUCCAAACAACCACUUUCUCAGGCUUCUUGUGUGUGUAGCUAAGCUACCUUGUCAUACGUGUCGAUCUUGAAAACUGGGACAUGUAUUUCCAUUGGGGGCUGGCCAUUCAUGCUGGCAUGCCAUCCUUCCAGCAGACGUACAGGAAUGUGCUUUCAAUUGAGGGACUGUUGUAUUUUUUUUCAAAUUUUUAAACUUUGCUUCUCCAAAUACAAAUACUAGGUCGGCCAUUUAUAAUAUCUAUUUGGUGCUAGUAAAUUUUCAAACUAGAAUUUAUGAAUGCACUGUAAUAUGUACACAACUUAGAAACCAAAUUACCAGUAUGCAGUUCCAAUACUCCAUUAAUUUCAAUCAACCAAAGUUAGUUCAGUAGCUUAUCUCAGUUAUGAGUAUAAUACAUUACAUGUAAAUUAAGUGUGUGUAUACUGUAAUCGUGCUAUUUUUUAUCAUUGAAACAUUUAUAAACUAGAAUAAUAAUGCCCUUAAUGUGAGGGUUUGUAAUGGUGCUUAUUAAGACCAAAGACUUGUUAAAUGUAUACACCAAGUGGUAAUGAAACUUCUGUGACUGGCCCACAUGUGCAUUGAGGUCUGGGAGGACCAGGAAACAGCCUCAGCAGCCAGAGGACUUCCAGUGCACCCUUCAUCACAGCAUGUGCAAUAUGCCAAGAUUACCCUCGGUCAUUCCUGUCAACAGGGGGUCAAUGUCAUAAAUGUCACAAUAAAACAAUCUCUUCUUUUUUUUUUUAGUUUACCCCUUGGCUUUGUGUUCUUGCAUGGACUUGGGGUUGGAGGGGCCAUUCUGGAGGCUAAAUAAAGUCUCCUGGAUUUAAAUUA